AAAACACAUCAAGACCCAUAGUCACCUAGCCUCACUGCAAUACAAAAAUGCUCCUCAAGAUCCCCUUCAUGCUCACCCUCGGCAUGGCCUCCGUGUCUGCCGUCACAGCGGCCGCCUCGGACAUGCCCCACGGCGUCUGGCCCGGCUUCUGCUGCUUCACCCUCGCCGAGGCCGGCACCGGCACCGGCGGCAGCAGCAGCAAUCCCAUGCAGUUCGACGACAAGGGCGGCUACCACGGCGAUGCCGUCCUCGGCGUGCCCGACCGGGAGACGGGAUGGUUCUGCAUCAACCUCUCCGCCGAGAACAAGGUCCUCUUCGGCGACGGCGACGGCGCGUGCAUCGUCACCGGCGGCGGCGACGACCUGCGCUUCACCUGUCUCGAUCCCACGCCGGGCUUCACACAGUACGCGCUCGUCGCGGGGUCUGACGGCCGGACGAUGCUCUCCGUCGAUGGCAGCUUCGACCUCAAGGCGUGCCCGAACACGCACGGUCCCGCGGGCGAGAGGAUCUACGGCAGGGACAAGACGGGCGAGGGCUGCAGGACGGUCCAGUUCGUGACCAAGGACCUCGCGGGGACAUGUCAGGAUUUCAAGGGCUAGCUUUAAUGAGAUGUCAAGUAAACGAGUUCGGGGACGAAGAGAGGGAAUAAGGCUCUUAUGGGAUGAAGUUGUGGUCCGCAGAUAUGCUAUGCCUUGAAGAUGGACGCAAAUCACAGCUUUGCUGUAGCCCCCUCCGUACCAUAUACGAUGGCCAAAUCCUUCUCCAGCUCCUCCUUGGGGCUGCCCCGCG